AUGGAUGUUUCAUCUUCUUUUUCUUCGUUGAAUGAUAUUUCCUCAAGCUCAUUCUUCUUAAGCAAUGGCGAUAGUCCAGGAGCAUUGCUGGUUUCUCAGCCUCUAAUUGACGAUAAUUACAACACAUGGAAUGAUCCUACGUUUCAUGCGUGGACUUGGUGCAAUAACAUGAUCAUUGCCUGGAUUCUGAAUUCCAUUUCAAAGGAGAUCGCUUCAAGUGUGAUUUAUAUCACUACCUGUACAGAAAUGUGGCAGGACUUGAAGGAUCGAUUUUCUCAAGGUAAUGGUCCUCGAAUCUUUCAACUCCAGAAAAUACUCACGACAUUAUCUCAAGAAAACUCAUCUGUUAGUGAAUAUUUUACAAAGAUUAAGAGUAUAUGGGAUGAACUUGACAACUAUGAUCCAAUUCCUUCAUGUACUUGUGGAGGAAUGCAAUCUGUUCAUGAGAAACACAAUCGAGAUCAUGUUUUUCAAUUUCUGAUGGGUCUUUAUGACUCUUUUGCUAAUAUUCGAGGACAGAUUCUGUUGAAUGAUCCUCUUCCCCCAAUCAAUAAGGUUUUCUCUUUGAUAAUUCAAGAGGAACGUUAA